AUGUUUAGGGCAAAAAUUCUAGUUUUGGGACCUUGCGAGGUAAGUUUCUUUGAUUUAAAAACUUUUCUCUUCUACGGAGUUUUGACAUUACACAUUUUUAUUUGCAGUUUGGUAUACGUUCGAACGGAGGAAAUGGCUCUAUAUUAAGUUCAGUUUAACGACAGCUGUAUUGUUGUCGCUCGUGCUAAAUAUUUCAUUUUCAUGUCAUUUUGCAGAGUGGUAAAAGCGUUAUUGCGAAUUUUCUUUCUGAUGCUACGGAAACAUCAGGGGGAGAGUAUCAUCCAACACAAGGGGUCAGGUAAAUGUCGAUCACAAAACAUUUUCCAAGUCGUGGGUUAUCUGAAUUCAUGCAUGUUUUUAUGUCUUCAUGGAAACCGUAACCAUAGAUCCACGUUUCUCAAUUUUCGGCCCCUUUAAUCUUAGAGGUGAUUAAUACGUAAUUUCGUUCGGUAAGUUUAAGCUAUCAUGUAAACAGGUGAUAAUAAUAGAUAGGGUUAUCAUUUGGAGGGUGUUAUUUUGGAAUAAGACCUAUUUCUCCUGUUUAAUUGACCGUGAAAAGUAAGGCAGCAAGUAGAGAGAAUUACUAUUUGGAGCUUGGUACGUAAAAGUUUAAAAACAAUCUGAUUAACACUCAGUUUCUCCUUUGAAUGGACAGAAUACCAGAAUUUGUAUGCAAUGGUACAGAAAUAUCUCCUGUCAAAACAUAGGUCCCUGUUUCUCAAUUUAUAAAAUCCAAAGAAGAAUACAUUUUUCUUUUUAAUGAACAGAAUACUAGAGUUUGAAAGCAAUGGCAUCGAAAUAUCUCCUGGUAAAACUGCUAAUUGUGAGGUAGAGUUGUGGGAUUGCAGCGGAAAUCACAAGUAAGCCCUGAUAUUUUAACGUUCACUAUAGUAGGUUUUUUUUUGCAUGUGUAAUUCAAAAAGCACACAUUAAGUCGCAUGACCCAAAGGUGGGCAAAAUCAGGGUGCUUUUGCCCAAGAGAAUUUCUAAUAGUGUUUGUUAGCAGUGUUCUCUGUUGUCCUGGCAUGGGAACCAAGCAGAUUAGACAUGUUCUUUGUGGCAUCAUCCUAUAGAAACAAGGGAUUGGUAAUGAUAGUUAGACUAGUUUUUGAUUGAGUGUCAAAAAAAGUCAGAGAUUGCUAUGGUUUUGCUUUACCAUGCUCUUUGACUGGUCCAGGAAAUUUGUGCCACUUUCUCAACCGAUGAGAUAAAACUAAGAUCUAAUAUAUAGAUUUGGCCAAGCUUAAAAGCAGAGCUCGCAUUUUUUCCCCCACACAUCUUAAGAGCACGAUGCCUUGCCCUUGCCAGGACUAGAACCUGGGUCGUCCGACUCGGAGCCUAGUGCACUGACCACUGGACUACUGAACAAAGCCGUGGCGUUGGCGUGCCCGUGGUAGAGUUAACCACGCAUGUUAAAAGUAGCACCUUGUAUGGUUGUACAGUCGUACAUCCAAAUUUUUUCAGCUUGAUGGGUUACUACUAUUUUGCAUAAUUAUGGGGCUAUGCUCUGUAAGCUCUGCUAUCAUGUCCUAUUUACUUGAGUUUUCCUGUACUUGACACUGUUUAGAUUCUUUUACUUUGAGUUCUAAGUGGCUCCUUGUGGUAUUCUUUCAUCAUCUAAUUGACUUUUGUGAUCUCUUUGGUUUUGUUAGUAUGACACUCAGUUGAAAAGUGUUCUAUCGGCCAUUUGGCUAUAACCUACCCCAACAUGUGUUUUGGAUGUUCAGUAGCAAGAAAUGUAGCAUUCUAUUCCAUCAUUGCCUGCAAUUUUUUAUCUUUCUGUAGCUCCUAAUUUGAGAGUGAUCGUAUUAUUAUUAAAACCAUGUAUAGUUUCUAAAGUAUGUAAAAUGACAGAGAGAGGUAAAAUUCCUUUUUUUUUUUUCAAAGAGUGUAAUUAGGAAUCCUUUCUUGUUGUUCUCUUAGUAUGAUGUGGAUAUAUUUCAACCCAAUUUGCUGUAUGUUAAAUGUAGCAUUUUGCCUAUUUAAGGUUUUCUACUUGUUGGGCAGCUUUCCAAAAGGACACAAAUGGUGUUCUAAUCAUUUACAAUCCUGAUCAGUCCAGCCAUGACAAGGAACUAGAGACUUGGUAAGGUAGAACUUAGACCAUAGAUAUAUGUAUGCUAUGUUCCCUCUUGUUUGUUUGGAGCUUAACCUGUUAAUCCCUAAGAGUGAUUAGCAUCUAAUUUCUCCUCACAAUAUCACCCCUGAAUUGCACAUGAAGGUCACAAGAAUAAGGAAAAUGAUCACCAGCCAAAAGAGCUAUUUAUUGUUAAACAAAUUCUCCUUGUCAACACCUUAGGAAUUGUAUAUAGAACAGUAUGGAGAAUUUGCAAACUGGUGCAAGGGUGUAAUGGGUUAACCCAGAAGUGAUUAACAUGUAAUUUCUCCCUAUUAUAUCCAUAUAUUAUCAAACAACAGGUAAUGAGAAUACUCAAUCUAAUAGGGUAGAAAUUGUUAGUACAUUAUCCUGAUUUAACAUCAAAUUAUUGCAACUGGUUUAUAUGGAAAUAUGUAGCAACUAGAGGGGACAAUUAAAAAUCAGUUCUUGGGAGUUAAAGGUUUAAAAGACCUUGUAUAGGAAAUAGAAUAAUCUUAUAAUUAGUAUGCAAGAAUCCAGACUGGCUCUUGCUGGUUUGAGCCCAGGUUAGGUUAAUUUUGUUGCAUUCUUGGACAUAAUACUUCAUAGAGCAUCUCUCCACCCAGAGCUGGGUUUCUUCAUGCACUUUUAGCUUUGUUUGAACUAUAAAGCUGAGGAGAAUAAACAAGAAGUAAGAAUUUGCAAAUAAUUAUGGAAACCUCUUGUUUUUAAGGUACACACAAUUUGUGCAAAGUCAAGGACUCAAGGAUUCACAGUGUAUAGUGUUUGCUCAUCGCCGACCAUCUGCUGCUGAUACAACAAGAUCACAAAUACGUAAGAUAGCAUUUUAUUUAUUUAGAUAUUGAUAGUCUCAAAAAGAGGUUGGCUUUUGACUCAGCCUGGCCAAGGUCCUUGAGGCUUUAUGGGUAACAUCACCAAAAUAAAUCUUUGUCACAAAACAUGAUGAAUAUAGUGGGUAAGUUUCUUAAGAAAUUGUGAUGCAAGGGUACAGCAUAAUUUUUUUUCAACUGAGUUGUUAGUGUGAGAUGGCCUCUGUAAGGAAAUUCUGAAGCUGACAUUUCAAAUGUUAGCCCUUCCUCAGAACUCUGACGAAGGGCUACCGGUAAUGCUAAAAUCGUCUGCAGCUUUAGUAACUCUUUAUGGAGACAUUCACAUUAUCAACUCAGUUGAUAAAACCAAAUUGUUAUCAAUUUGUUGUCACAAUUUUCUAUUUACCUCACUCCUGUGUUUAUCAAGGAAAAGAUAGCAACAACUUGUUUGGGAAACUUAUCAAACUCUAAGCCACUUGCUCUGAUAAAAGAUUAAUGCUCAAAACAAGAGCUUUAAAACUCUUAAUAGUGGCCAAAUUGCGUUAUCAAUUGAGUUGAUUUGAUAAAACCAAAUUAUCUUGUUAUUUCCCUUGCCAACACAGCUGCACAGUUUCUAAAGUAACUUGUCCCCUGUAAGCCAGGUAACUUGGUAUGACUAUUAUCCCUUAUAUACCUUGUUGCUUCAUGCCAAAUUGGAAUAAACUCCUGGAGUUGUGAGUAGAAACACACCUGGCAGUGUCACACAGUGAUCAUGAUAAGUAAUGCAAAUAGGACUGAUUGGAGUCCAAUUUGGUGUGUAAUCUUACAGUCAAGUGACUAACAAAAUUGGACGACUGUGAAUUGGGAGUUCGAUUUGUUAAUCACAAGUAUGAUUACAGACUGAAUUGGAUGGCAUGAAGUCCUGUUACCAAAUUAAUUAAAACUAUGGCAAAAUUUUAGAAAUAAAUUAUACAUCAGUUGUAUUAUAUUUUCAUUUAAAAAAACAACAACAACAGAUAACUCAGUGAAAUGCAUGACAACAGCAUGCACUUGAUGCAUACUGUCCAUGUACACAGGUGUGACAUGUCAACUCAGUCCUAUUACACUGCCCAAUUACAAGUAUGAGGCGUACACUGUCCUAUUAGUGCUGAAAUCAGGCUGGUGAUAACCAAUCACAUUUGAGAAUUUUGUUAUAGCUUUGAUUAACUUAAUAAUACUGUUGUGAAUAAGUGCAAGUGAUAUGAAAUACCAGUUGCUUUGAUUGCAUUAAUUUAGCAUAGCUGCAACUAGAAGACCUGGCAUUAUUUACAAGAGUUGAUGCACAACAUCACAGAUUAAAUGGCUUUACUGGUUUAUUUAUACUCAUUUAUGGAACAAUUUUUUCCUUUGCAUAGCAUCUGUACUCUCUAGAGUAACCUGUAUACAGACAAAUCUGGAUGAAGAACCAGAAACAGUCAGAGAAGAAUUUCACAACUUCCUUGCAAAGGUUAUCAGCAACUGGACUGACAAACGAGAUCAGGAAGAACUUAGUAUAAUGAACACAUGAAGCUGUUUAUUGUCUGAGGAACCAAGAGUUUUUCAUCUUGUGUACAGAAUAGAGAUUUUUAUUUCUUUUUUUGGUGACUGGUCAUUAUCUAUUUUCCAUUGAGCAAGGUCAUUUGGCAACUUAAAACAACUUUGGUACUUUCUUUAGUUGAAAACUUCAUGAACUGACAGAUGCUAAGGGUAGUAGAUAGAUUGAGCAGGAACAGUCCCUCAAAACCUUUUUUUUUGUUAUGUUUUUAUUGCAGCCAGUUUUCAUCUAAGGUCUCUAAAAUGUCUUUAUUUAUAAACUCUGUGACUCCUUACGCCUUUAGUUACGCCUAAGGUUACUCUACAAAUAAGUGAAGAAGUUAGAUCUAUGUGAUGAAGAAGUUAAAAGUGUUUCAAACUUCUACUCUAACGAUAUUAAUUGAUUACCACUGUAUGCCCCAAAUUUGCCAUUUCCAAUCUGAUUUAAUGAAAAGAUGCCUUUUCUCUCCAAGAAGUCCAAACUCCACCUUUCAAGUAUUAAUGAAAGGUUUUGGGCUCAUUGAAGAGAGAUCAAGAACAAUUAUUGUUGUUGUUAUACACACCUGCCUCCUUGUCAACCUCUCUACUCAUAAAUUCAUGUGGGUGAGACCUUAGGUGAACUCUGUAUGCUAUCCUCAGCUUUUCAAUUGAGAGUCACAAUAUUUCAGAGUGAUCACAAAAGCCAAUCAAAAGGAUAGGAAAAUAACUUCAAGACCUAGGGAGAACUCAAAGUAAAAUCAGCCAAACUGUCUUUUAAGGGAGGAAAUGUGGGGGUCCAAGUCGUGAUUGGUUUUAGCAGGGUAAUUAAGUAUUAUCAACUGAGUUGAUAGCAUAAAUUGGCUACCAUAAAGAGUUUUAAAGUUGACAUUUCGAGCGACGAAGGGCUAACUUUUGAAAUGUCAACUUUAAAACUCUUUACGGUGGCCGAUUUAUGUCAUCAACUCAGUUGAUAAUACUUAAUUACCCUGUUAUACUCCCCCACCACUGACGCAGCACAACAGUUUCUCUAGAAACUUACCCCCUUUAUUCACGUGAUUGGUUUUAGUUUGCAUCUGAUUGGUUGAGAGAGUGCUGCGAGUUUUCUGGACCAACACUGAGCGAAUAAAAGCAAAACCCAAUGCAAUCCUCGAUUACUUUUGACACUCAAGUGAAAGUUGCUCCAAUAGAGAAAAUUUUAAUCAAGGUUGGAAGGUAACUUAGGAUUGCAUUAGUUUUGCUUUUAUUUGCUCCUUAUUCAUCAAGAAGAAUUCUGAAACUUUGUCAACCAAUCAAGUGCUAGAGUCAAACCAACUGCGACUUGUUCAUAGGUGUUCCCCUUGCCUGAGUGAAUUUUUUUGUGUACUUUUACUUUGAGAUCUGAUUGGUUCCUUGGAAUAUUUCUGCCCUUUGAUUACUUUGGUUUUAGUUUCAGAACUCUCAGUCGAAAUUCACUCGUGUAUCUUAUGUUGAUAACAUUGAGGCUCUUGUAAAAUAGUUUCUAGAAACUGUAAAUAUUUUUUCAAUAUGUCAUGAUUUAAGUUAUUAUUAAAUAACACGUUUGAAAGUUGUUAGCUGUUAUCCUUCAUUUUUAGUGCUCAGUCUUUUCAUUUCGCGUCCAUCUUGUCGGUAUAAGGAUUGUAGUCAC